AUAAUUUCAGAGACGGGUUUAACUCCGGAAUCCAAUUCCAAAUCCCGCGUUGUGCCCAAAGCGGCAAAAACAGCUCACAGAAACUGCUACUCUACUCAACGCUCUCUCUUUCUCUCUCUCGCUUUAUAUAGACGAACCACGUACGUACGCAUAUACGUAUCUUGUAUGUAUACAUAACAUUGCACCUAUAUCUCCGUUCAGUUUUCGGAAAAUUUGUGUUGCGUAAUAAUCGGCGAUGGGUCGGCGGAAUGAUCCGAAUCCGUUUGACGAGGGAGAACCUGAAAUUAAUCCAUUUUCGAAUGAUACUGCAGCGGCUGGAUCAAAGUCACGCAUUCCUAAAGUGGUUGCUAGUACACUGGGCUUUGGUCAAAAGAACGACGCCAAUGUGGAUAUCCCAUUAGAUACCAUGAAUGAUCCAAGAAAGAAGGAGAAAGAACUUGCUACUUGGGAAUCAGAUUUGAAUAGGAGAGAAAGGGAAAUUAAACGCAGAGAAGAUGCUGUUGCCAGAGCUGGUGUUCCGGUGGAUGACAAAAAUUGGCCCCCUUGUUUUCCAAUUAUUCACCAUGACAUAGCCAAUGAAAUUCCAGUUCCUGCUCAGAGGUUGCAAUAUCUGGCUUUUGCAAGUUGGUUAGGUAUUCUUCUUUGUCUUGUGUUCAAUGUCAUUGCCAUCACUGUUUGUUGGAUAAGGGGUGGUGGGGUUAAGAUUUUUUUCCUUGCAAUAAUCUAUGCCCUACUUGGAUGCCCCCUUUCAUAUGUCCUAUGGUACAGGCCUUUAUAUCGUGCAAUGAGGACUGAUAGUGCGCUGAAAUUUAGCUGGUUUUUCAUGUUCUACUUGCUCCACAUUGCUUUUUGCAUAUUUGCUGCAAUUGCACCUCCAAUCAUCUUUCAUGGAAAAUCGUUAACGGGCAUCCUUGCUGCGAUCGAUGUCUUCUCAGAUCAUGUAUUGGUAGGGAUUUUCUACCUGAUUGGGUUUGCAUUAUUCUGCUUGGAAUCACUGUUGAGCUUGUGGGUACUCCAGAAAAUAUACUUCUACUUUAGGGGACACAAGUAACUCCGGAAUGCAUCUGGAGGUUGAAAGCAUUUUUCUUUGAGAGGAGUUGCCCAAGUAUAUAUUUCUAUCCUCCUUAAGUGCUUAUAAUGGUUUGUUAUUUUGAUAAGUUCUAUUUAGGGACAUAUGAAUUUGAGAUGGAAACUACUGUCUGAGAUUGUAUUAAUACAAUAUUAAUAAUUAGACAUUUAUAUUUUCUUUU